UGGACGCCAAAGCAGGACAGCCAGACGGACGACACUAUGGCUCUGAACACGAACAUCCGGGCUGCCUGCCUCCUGCUCCUUCUCCUGGCCAGCCUGACCAGUGGCUCGGUUCUUCCACACCAGACAAGGCAGCUCGCAGACCUCCAGACCCAGGACGCAGCUGGAAUGGCUGGAGCAGCGGCCGGCUUGAUGCCUGGGCUCCACCAGCUAAGGAGGCGAGACACCCACUUCCCCAUCUGCACCCUCUGCUGCGGCUGCUGUAACAAACAGAAGUGUGGCUGGUGCUGCAAGACCUGAGCCGUCCCGCCCUGCCCCGGGCCUCCCCUCCCUUCCUUAUUUAUUCCUGCUGCCUUCCAACGCUCGCUCGGUGAAUGGUCUUGGAAUAAAAUGCUCGUUCUCUCUUGUUUUCC